AUGGACAAUAUAUCAAAGCCAGCAGUUUUUCCCAAUCCAGUUAUAUUGCAAAGUGAGGGGUUACUGAAGUAUAUACUGGAGACCAGCGUUUACCCACGAGAAGCAGAGACCCUCAAAGAUCUAAGGAAUGAAACUGCAAAACAUCCUCUGGGCUUCAUGAGCGCUGCACCUGAUGCGGGUCAACUAAUGGCCUUACUCCUGAAGCUUCUAAACGCUAAAAAGACAAUUGAAGUGGGAGUUUUUACUGGGUAUUCUCUUCUCCUCACCGCACUCUCCAUCCCUGAUGAUGGAAAGAUUAUAGCCAUGGAUCCAGACAGAAAAGCUUAUGAGAUUGGACUUCCAUUCAUUAAAAGGGCUGGUGUAGAACACAAGAUUGACUUUAUAGAGUCUCCAGCUUCACCAGUUCUUCAUCAACUAUUAGAAGAUCCUGCAAACGAAGGGACAUUUGACUUUGCCUUCAUUGAUGCUGACAAAAACAAUUAUUGGAAUUAUCACGAGAAGCUUAUGAAAUUGGUUAGGAUUGGUGGAAUAAUUGCCUAUGAUAACACACUGUGGGGAGGAACUGUUGCGUUGCCUGAAAAGGCAGUUUCAGAACCCAAAAGAGAUUGGAGGAGAUUAGCACUUCAUUUCAACCAAGCCAUUUCCAAAGAUUGUCGUGUUCAAAUUGCUUUUGUUUCAAUAGGUGACGGCAUCAUUAUCUGUAGGCGUAUUUGUUGA